AUGGUUUGGUCGUCGCUACCUUCUUGGGGAGCUGGCCCAGCCGCGCCGCGGAGCAAGAUCUUUUUGCAAGGUGUGUUGUCCUUCGUGCUGGUGAGCGUGAUAGCUGUCUGGUACUACUUUUGGCAGAAACGGCGCGCGAUCUGGCAGCGUGUGGUGGUGUAUGCCCUAGAGGAAAAUCUUCGAAACGCGAAAAAAGAUGAGGCGCACCUAGAAACGCGCUUUGGGUCGAGGCACGCCUGCAACGUGGUUGCGAGUGCGCCCAACUUCCGCGAUUUUUGCUGCUCGGAUGCCGCGGAUGUGCUGGCGGAGCGGUCGCGGCUCCGCACCAGUACAGGGGAUCGCCUAGCCGCAGGCAAACUUUUUCGCAGCUCCAACCUACACAGCAGCGACAUGUCGGCGGAAGAAUUUCGACGGCUGAAGGCCAAGAGCGGUUUUGUGCGAAUUCUCGACCUACGGAACCUGAACGAACGCCGGGAGGACGGAGAGAUUUGCCGAGCGGAAGUAGGCGAGAAGAAUCUCGUGUCAGUGAGCCUGUUUCCCCUCACGCGUAUCACGUGGAGAAGCACAGCCCUCGUUCCGAAGCAGUUGCGUAGCAGUCGCACCUAACGGCUCCAGCCGGGCAGUUUUCUCAAGAACAUGAGAAAGCGCCAGAAAAGCCGCGCAGUUUGCAACGCUGUUUCUUUUGCUGUGUGUUAUUUAGAAAAAUAAAACUCCAGCAUAGCAGCCUGCUUGGCUUUGUUGACAACGAAUCGCGGCGGUGCGCUAUCGCUUACCGACCUAAAAACCGACGAUGGCGAGCCACACAAGGCUGCGCCCUGCACCUUCUAAGGCGUCUCCCGCACUAUUUCUUGGCGGUUUUGUGUGCGUAGAAAGGCGCAAAAAGGAAACGCGCGCACAAUCAGAAUAACCAAACCGCAUGGCGCGGCCGCGAUGUCGGACCAUUUUGGGCGACCGGGAAAGCGGCCGCCUUUUCGCCGGUUCCUCAGCCUAGGGGCUGGGCAAAAGGUGCAGCUGCAAAAAAUGGAAACGCAAAAGAGAAAACGCCGCACGACCCAUGAAGCCGGGCCGCCGCAUGCUACAGGCCCGGUUCUGCCACGGCUUUUGGGCACACCACGGGGCGCCCGGGUUGGCUCCCUAUCACCGGGUCUGGCUUCCGCGCAGGAAUUUCGUGAAUGUGCCAAAAUUCGCGACGUGCCUGAAUAAGCGGCCGCCAUUCUGUGCGCCCUCGCGCAGCCGCGAGAGCAUGGCGAGCGCGGAACAAGCGGCGUCCUUGCUGGCCCGCGGUCAAGACAGUGGCAGAAAGCAAAACAGCAGCGGCCGAACUACCUCCGCCCCGGCGGCUAUAUUUGGCACGCAGUGAGACCGCAAGGGCCUUCUGGCCUGGCGGUUUUUUUUACCGUCCCUCAUGCACAGCGGCCGGCUUUUUUUUGGGCAGCCGGAAAGAUUUUUUGAAAAAUAGUAGCCCCAGUGGCUGAGAGAGCGGCCUUGGCCGACGUGGUGCCGAAUCGUCGCGGUAUGCUAUCGAUCGCCGCGCGCUUGCAAAAACGACGCAGAGAAGCCAACAGCGCAGAGGCGGCUAUGCUCUUGCUCGCAGCUCUUGGUUGCGCCAUGCGUACCCGUUUGGUUUCCCUGCUUCAAAGGAGAAGUUUCAGGCCCUGCAUGGCCGUGCUUGCGAGCCUUCCAGCUUUAGCCAGAAGCUCGGCCCGAAGAAUUAUUUGGCAAACAACUAGUAGCAGGCAAGCCAUUAAAUAGUUAGUAUAUAUAUACUCCGGCUACAGUGAUCUACUUAAACUUCUAUUUUGAUUUUACAUUGCAAUAUAUAUUCGUUUUUGCAAUUAAUUUGCCAUGCUAGCUGCAGGCCUUGUUCUGUGGGGUAGACAUUACUUCAACGGCGGUGCGUUCCCUUCGUUGAAGUUCCUUCUUGCUUUCACUUUUAAACGCCUGGCGUGGUAAGCAAUAGAAAUGGUUUCGAAUGUAGUACGGAUGUGCGUUUCUUCAAUAACUCUCCUCCUAUCCCUGGUCGACGUUUUCAUGCAGGUGCGCGUCGCCUUCCUCUUCGCGCUUCGACCCACGGGUCGAGACCUGGCCGUGCUCGGACAGGAAAUCAUCGUCAGGAAUUGCGCCUUGCUCCGUCUGCGAGGUGUGUGGUGUUUCGUUCUGCUGGCAUCAGGCCAUACAUGUGUAAGUAUGAAAAACCUGGGCUGUGUGGGGUUUGUUUAUGAUAUCACUCUAUGUUGUUCAACCACAAGGCGACUUCCUAGGCGCGUGCAGCAGAAAGUGCACAGGGAGGAUCGCAUUGGCCUUCUAUUGCGUUUUGCGAUGAUCUUCUGAGACGAGAUUUAUUUACGGCAAACAACGUCAGCCGGCGACACUUUUACUGAAGCAAUCAAGCAGAUGGCGUGCGUGCGUCAGGAUGGCUCGCUCUCGCCUUUGCCCUUUGCUAUUGUGCGUGCCUUCGCCAUCACAAACCUCGCCAAGGUGAUGGAAAAGGAAAGGAAGGCGGCCGGCACGCAGGCGCGGGGGUGGCCAUGAGCAUUCUGGAUGGCGCCGACGACCGGGCGGCGGGCCAAGGCGGCCGCGGAGGAGGGCGCCCAGUUUGCGGCCGCUGAGCUUGCAGGGGCGUGCAUGUUCGUGGGGCUGGGAUUGAGCGCGGAAAUGGGAAGGGCGGGGCGCGUGACUGUUAGCCCGGAGAGAAAGGGGCGCGCGGACGAGUUUGCCUGUGCCGAUCGGUGCGCCGCACGCGGGGGUGCAGGAAAGGAGCGAAACAGGCCGCGGCCUGAUGGUCGGGCGGGCGGGAAUUGUUUGGCCCCCGACCAGAAGAUCGGGCCGCGGAGGGGUGGAUUUGCACGAGGCGCAUCGGGGGCGUGGCCCUGUCCUCCUUGGCGCUCUGGGAUGGCGGGCAUAGCAACUUGGUUCGGCCUUAGGCUUCCGGGGGCGGGCCACGUUGGAAAAUGGCCGGGCCGCCUCAGGUUGGGCCCAAGAGGAUAUAGCUGGGAAAAGCACAGGCGGCAUCGCCGCCCGGAAUGUGGCGCCGGGCGAAGCUGCGCGGGAAUUCCACGAGGCCGUUGGCCCCGGCAGGGCAGCGAAGACAACUCGCGGCCGCGCCCCCGGGGCCGCGCGGCAGUUGGAAGGCGAGAAAAAGCAGGGCGAAGGCCUUGCAGGGGCCGAGCCCGAAAAAAUCUGGCACGGCGGCAAGCUGAUCGCGGCAGCACGCAGCCCCGCCUGGAUUGAUGCGCAGCCCGGCGGAGGCGGCGCCACUACGGCGGAGUCCCCGCGGCGCUGUGCCAUGGCGGCAGGCGUCGCGAGGCCGCGGCGGGGGAUCGGGCGCGGCCGGGGAGUGCCGAAACGCCGGAAAGCCAGCUGCGGCAGUCCCCUUGGCCCCGGCGCAGCGAUCAGAAGCGCCGAAGCCUUGGCAGCGGCAGAUCAGCUCAAUGCCACGCGGCCCAUUUUUGAGGUCUGGGCCGGGAGCGAUCCUCCGCCCCGGGCGAAGCGGUGCGCGCGCCUAGGGGCGCAAAUGAUCUAUACAGAUUUCAGGGAGCCCGUAGCCAGCCUGGGCUCGGCCAGGCAGCAGGAGGCACGCCCGGCAAGGGGGAGGGCUCACUUGGUAAAAUCCGGCAGGAAGUUCAGGGGAAUGCCCCUCGGGGGAGGUUGUCCGCUGUGGCUCGGGGGCCUUGCAGUGCGUGCUUCGGCCGAUGCUUUCGCGCUGCAAAAACCAGCGGGGGCAGUGGCGCGCGAGAUGCUGCCGCGGCGAAGAAGAAAGGCCAAAAACCCGGCCCGAAAUCGCAAGCGGCCCAGGGAAUGCAGGAAGACCGCAGGGCCGGCGGUGGGGGCAGCGAAAAGAGGCGCAGCGGGGGCACGGCACGCGGGGCGGCCGAAAAGCCGGGCGGGGAAAAGUGGCCGCAGUUGGAUAGCAAGCCCGAUGUCUGGGUGCCCGAAGACCACCCAGGUCGCUGAAGCGCUCCGCUGCGGAAACCGGAGCGAGAACGAUGCGAAAGCGCUGGGGGUUUGGGGCCAGCGGGAAUCGUUUGGAACAUCUUGCUUAGUCAGACACAUAGCGGGAGUCCGCCCUCGGACACAGAAGAGAAAACUAAUAACAAUGCGCGCACAGCCCCGAGCUUCUCGACAAAUCUGAGUGCGAGAACUAUGCCACUAAGUACGCUAUGAAUUAAAAAGAGCGCGCGUGGCUGAUUGACCUCCACGCGCGUUUUUUAAAAGAACGUGCGUGGCUGAUUGAUUGACUGAUAAACAUCGUCACAGGUAUUUACCUCCUGACGCUUGAGUAUAACCAGAAGUUAGUCCUGCGGGUCCUGCAGGAGGUAACGCGGGAAGCGAGCCCGCUGGUGCUGCAGUGCGGGACCGGAAAAGACAGCACCGGUCUGAUUGUUGCGCUGCUAAUGGUUGCCUUAAAUCUGGCAGAGGAAGACAUCGUCUACUCCUAUCAGCUCUCUGCGUCGCUGCUUUCCACGGAAUACUGCUCGCGAAAGCAGGCGCUCUUCCAGAACCGGUUGCACCCUGAUUUUUUCACUUCUAGCAGCCCGCACGUGAUGGAAUCCGUGCUGCAAUUUUUGAAAAACAAGUAUGGAAGCCCAACGCGAUAUCGUGCGUAAAAUUGUACCCGUCCCAGGUUUCAGAUGCGAUUGCUUCUAGACAGCUGAAGGAACUGCUGUGUGAAUUGUGCGCGACAAAUUGAAACUUGUAGUCGCAGUGUAGUCGUGAUUCGUGGCCGCGUCACACCUACACAUAGAGUUCUUUGUCUGAUCAGAGUGUUACAAGUCACGACUAGGAAAUGCCAUUUAUUUCACCCAUCUUCUGCACAUUUAAGAAUGAAUUGCGUGACAACUCCGUCGGGGCUUUUUGCACAGCAUACCGGAUACCUGGACCACAUCGGAUUCAAUGCAGCGUGGCGGACCCGAUUAUCCUGUUCAAAAACGGACACGCCCCAUUCUUGUUAUGCGAACCUGGGACGUGCGCGAGGCGAAGACGAAGUUUCCCCUGCGGCUCCCCACGAGAGAAGUAAGUAUUCUCACCGCAGUCGGGAAGUUGUCAUGCUUUAA